AUGCAAAUAGGUGAAUUAAGUGGAGAGAAGCAGAGAUUACAAGAUAAAUUACGUUCUAUCAAUGAUGGACAUCAGAGAACAAUGAAAUCAUUAGAAAGUAGAAACCAAACAUUACAAGAUGAUUUAGACAUUACUAGAAGUGAAUUAACAGCUAUACAGACUGAGUUUGAUAGCUAUAAGGUUAGAGCACACAGUGUACUGAAACAACAAAAAAAUAAACCAUCACAAGAUAUGAAUUCUGAUAUAGAAAAAGAAGAAAAAUUAAGGUUAGAGAAAGCUGUAGAUCAGUUGAAGACUAAACUACAGGAAUCAAGUGAUAAAAUGACUAUAAUACAACAAGAUAGUGAUAUAUUACAAGAAGAAUAUGAAAGGUUGUUACAAAGACAUAAUAAAUUAUUAGCUGAUAUGGAAGAGAAAGCAUCCAACUAUAAAAGAAGACUAGAAAUUUUAACAAAUGAGAAGAGUAAGAGUAUAUUAGAACAACAAGAUACUAUUAAACAAUUAACAAUACAGAAUGAUUCUUUGGCUACUUCUUAUAAGGAUCAGUUAAAGAUGUUACAAGAAGAUCACAGUCGUUCCUUGUUAUUACUACAAAAACAGUGUGAUACAUUAGACUUAGAAAAUAUGCGUUUACAGAGAGAAUUACAACAAAUACAUCAACAGAGACGUUCUACAGAGCAUUAUACAGAGCCCAGAGAAUCACCUCAAGAGUUCUUUAUGGAUGCCAGAGGUGAAGAAAGGCAAGAGGGAGAGGCCUAUACCACUGACUCUUAUAUCUUUCAGAAUACUGUACAGGGUAAUAACACUGGUUUAUCAUUUGAACAAUUACUUACUACACCAGACUUAGAAUUAGGUAAGUUAUCUAAAAAACCUGAAGAAGUUAAUGUAGAAAUGUUACAAACAACAGUUACUACUGCUCAUAAACGUAUUGAACAUUUAACUGAGGUUUUAAAUGAAAGUGAAGCAUCAGUUAUGAGAUUAACAGAACAAGCUAAGAUACUUAAAGAUGAAAUUAGGAGAUUAGAAAGAAAUCAAGAAAGGGAACAGGAGACCAAGAAUCUGGAAUAUUUGAAAAAUAUUUUUAUAAAGGUGUUUUUCUUACAGCCUAAAUCAAGUGAGAGGCACCAAUUAAUUCCAGUAUUAACACAGAUGCUUAAACUAAGUGCUGAGGAGAAAGAUGUCCUACUCAAAAUGGCUGGGAAUGAAGAAGAGGCUAAUCAAGCUGGAGGCUGGGGUUCAUAUCUACAUAGAUGGUCGGGAUUAUCAUAG